GGCGGGUCAAAUCAGCUUGACCCGCUCGAUGACCCCCGACUCAGUGGUCUCCGUCUCCUCCCUUCGUUCAUCAGCUGAGCCUUUUCUGCAACUAAACUCUUUACAAUGGCGGCUUUCCUUCUUCUCUCUUCUCCCUCCUUCUCCUGCCACAGGAUGAGCGAAAUCUGUAUGUGCAUGCAGUCAUUGCAGUUGCAAAAGGGCAUCAAAUUCACAUGCACCUCUGUUUGUCUCCAAAGACAGAAAUGUAAUGUCAAGCUUUAUGCGGUACCUGUUAGAGCUUUUUCUUGUCACUCUUCCUCAACACCAUCUGCUUCUAGUAGAGCUGAUUUAAGGUGGGGUCGGAGAAAACAUGUUCCUUCAACCUUCACAGCUCCAAAUGGUUAUCAAAGCAGUACUGGUCACGUGCAUUACCGAACUGAUGAGAACAACAUCAGUGAACUUGAGAGUCAGUUGGAAGAAUUAUUCAAUGAAGUUAGAAUGAUGAUUAUGAGUGGGAGGAAGAAUGAUGCUGUAGAGUUACUUGAAGCAAAUUAUGAAGCUGUAAAAGAACAGAUGGAAUCAGGUGCUAAUGGAAUUGAACAAGCUGCUGUCCUUGACAUCGUGGCUUUGGGGUAUAUAACUGUUGGAGACUUGAAGUUUGUUGCUUCUAUAUUGGAUAUAUUGAACAAGGUUGUUGACAAUCUGAAGGACGGUGAACCAUUUCUGGAUUCAGUGCUUCUGCAUAUGGGGAGCAUGUACUCUACCUUAAAGAAGUUUGAGAAAUCGAUGUCUGUGUACAAGAGGGCUAUUGAUAUCAUAGAGAAGAAAAGUGGAAAAGACAGUAGCUUACUUAUCACUCCAAUUUUAGGGAUGGCAAAAGUUAUUGGUACCAUUGGAAGAACCUCAAAAGCAGUACAGUUUUACCAUCGUGCUAUUUCAAUUUUGGAAUCAAGCAGAGGCUUUGAGAACGAGGAUUUGGUUAUACCUCUAUUUAAUCUGGGCGAUCUUUUGCUCAAAGAAGGAAAAGGAAAGGAUGCAGAAGCUUGUUUUGCGAGGAUUGUGAACAUAUACAAAAACUUAUAUGGAGAGAAAGAUGGAAAAGUUGGAAUGGCUAUGUAUUCUCUGGCUAAUGCAAAGUGUGCAAGAGGGGAAGCAGAGGAAGCUGUUAUCUUAUAUAGAAGAGCUUUACAGAUUAUCAAGGAUUCAAAUUAUAUGGCUUUAGAUGACAGUGUGAUGGAGAAGAUGAGGAUUGAUUUGGCAGAAUUACUACAUGUUGUAGGAAGAGGAAAUGAAGGCAGAGAACUGCUAGAAGAGUGCUUGCUGAUCAAUGAGAAGUCAAAAGGAAAAGACGAUCCUAGUUCGGUGAAGCACCUCGUAAACCUUGCAUCAUCUUAUUCGCGGUCAAAGAACUAUGCAGAGGCUGAGCGUUUGUUGCGAAUGGGAUUGAACAUUAUGGUUAAGGCAGCUGGAGCAGAUGAUGAAUCAAUUACGGUCCCAAUGCUGCAUCUUGCUGUCACUCUUUACAAUCUAAACCGGGACGAAGACGCCGAGCAACUUGCGCUGGAAGCUUUGCGAAUACGGGAAAUUGCAUUUGGAAAAGAUUGUCUUCCUGUUGGUGAGGCUCUAGACUGUUUGGUUUGCAUUCAGAGCAGGGUGGGGAAGGAUGAAAAGGAGCUACUGAAUAUGCUGAUGAGAAUUCUGAGGAUUCAGGAGAAAGAGUUUGGGAUGGAGGGUAAAGAGGUAAUUGACACCCUCAAGAAAAUUGUGUUCUACAUGGACAAACUAGGAAUCAAAGAUGAGAAGUUUCCACUUCAAAAACGACUGUCAAUGCUUCGAAUGAAAUUCAAGAACCAGAUGCAAUACUAAAUACUAAAUACUAAUGGUAUUCAUCAUUCAUCCAUC